UGCACUACAAAUAAAGUCUCGCUCCACAGCUCAUGCACUGAAGAGGCAGAUCAUUCCAGAGGACAUCACCACAUCUCACUCACCAGCAUGGCUCUAGACAUUGGCAGUUGGGACUUGGCGUGUGAGUUCAAUAACACAGACCACCGUACGGAGCUGAACGGCACUGACCGGCUGAUUGUACGGAGAGGUCAGCCCUUCACCAUCAACCUUAACCUCCGCUCUGGAUCCUACGAGCCUGGAGUAAAUCAGCUCCAGAUCACUGCAGAGACAGGACCACAGCCUGUGGAGCAGUAUGGUACCAAGGCUGUCUUUGGUCUGAGUGAUGCUAUUGAUGACACGCGUUGGAGUGCUGCGGUAACCGGUCCGCCUGGGGACAUAGUCUCCUUGUCCAUCUGUUCUGCUCCUGAUGCCCCCAUUGGGCACUACAAGCUGACUCUGGACAGCAAUGCCCAGUUUGAGCUGAUAUUGCUCUUCAACCCCUGGUGUCCUCGAGAUACAGUGUACAUGGACAGUGAGGAGAAGCUGGAGGAGUAUGUUUUGGCUCAGGAUGGAAUAAUCUACCGGGGUAAUGCUAAAUAUCCCAUUCCCUCAGCUUGGGAAUUUGGCCAGUUUGAAGAAGGCAUCCUGGACGCGUGUCUGCGAAUUUUGGAUGAGAACCCUAAAUACAAGAGGAACCCUGGAAAAGACUGCUCUGGCCGCAGAAACCCUAUAUACGUCUGCAGAGUGCUCAGUGCUAUGGUGAAUAGUAAUGACAGAGAUAAUGGAGUAUUGGAAGGCUGCUGGAGAGACACAUUUGAUGGUGGAAUCAGCCCCAUGGCAUGGAGGGGGAGUGUGGAGAUUUUGAGAACCUGGAACUCUACUUCCUGUUUGCCUGUCCGCUUUGGCCAGUGUUGGGUAUUUGCAGCUGUUGCCUGCACUGUGUCUCGAGCUCUGGGAAUCCCCUGCAGAGUGGUCACAAACUACCUGUCAGCUCAUGAUACCAAUGCUAACCUGGUGAUUGAACGCUACGUCGAUGAAAAUGGCCAGCUGCAGAACAUCAGCAAAGACAUGAUUUGGAACUACCACUGCUGGGUGGAGAGCUGGAUGGCUCGUACUGAUCUGAAAGCAGGCUUUGAUGGCUGGCAGGCGAGUGACCCCACACCCCAGGAGAAGAGCGAGGAGGUGUACUGCUGUGGGCCUGUCCCUGUGCGAGCAAUAAAGGAGGGAGAGCUCACGUUUAAGUACGACACUCCAUUUGUGUUUGCGGAGGUAAAUGCGGAUGUGGAGACAUUCCUGAAGUAUAAGGAUGGCAGCACACGCAAGAUUACCGCCACUAGCCAGGUUGGCCAAAAGAUCAGUACCAAGAGUGUUGGCAGCGAUGAACGAGAGGAUAUCACACACCUUUAUAAGUACCCAGAAGGCUCUGAUGAGGAACGAGAGGCGUUUAAAAAAGCCAAACACCAAAAUAAACUGCUGAAGCAACCAGUCAACAGUGGCCUCCAUGUCAAUAUCAAGGUCUCCGUGGAGAUGAGGAAGGGCUGCGACUUUGAUGUCUUUGCCGUGGUUAACAACACCACACCAGUGGAGAAGAAGUGUCGUCUGGUUUUUGCCUCCCGUGGCAUGUCUUACGAUGGAUCCAUCGGGCAGGAGUGUGGGUUUAAAGACUUGCUGAAUGUGGUGCUGCCACCUGGAGGAGAGCGAAAGGUGUCUCUGAGGUUGAGCUACAGUAAAUACUGCAACGCUAUAACUCAGGACAAUCUAAUCCGCCUGGGAGCUCUGCUGAUAGACUACAGCACCAGAGACGCCGUUCUGGCCAUGCGCACCAUCGUCCUUGAAAACCCAGAGAUCACGAUCAGGAUCUUGGGAGAGCCCAAAGUGAACCGUAAGCUGGCAGCAGAACUCAUUGUGCAGAACUCACUGCAAGAUCCUUUAGAGGCAUGCUGCUUCUGCAUAGAGGGAGCCAACCUUACUGCAGGCAAGACCAUCACCGAAAGGAUCCCAAACAGUGUGGAGCCUGGGCAAGAAGCCAAGGUCAAAAUCUACUUCACUCCCACUCGCUCCGGCCUGCGCAAACUGCUGGUGGAUUUUAACAGCAACAGGCUGGGCCACGUUAAAGGGUUCAGGAACGUAAUCAUUGGCAAAUAAGGGCCUUUGACCAUUCCAGUGCAGCUACACUACAUACAGUGCCAAGUUAAUUCAGUGAAAGUGUUUGGAUUUGAAUAAAAACUGAAAUGAAAUUGUUAUAUGAAAUUGUAUUGACCAACAAAAAUGUGAAAAGCCAAAUGUAUAAUUUUUGUGGCAGUUCUUGUCAUUUCAUUUUAUGUGCUUAUUGCAUAGCUACAGAUGCAUGUUGAUAGUUGAUAUGAUAGUUUUUCUUUAACAUAUCACCAAUGCACCAUUUAUGCUAUGAGCUACAUGAAAUAUACUUUGCAUAUUUAGCAUGUGAUGGCUAUUUUUAUCUUUGCAAAAUUUUGUUACUCCAUACAUGGUCCCUCAAAAGUUUGCAGACACUCAGCUCAAUAAACAAACUUCUGUAAAUUAGGAGGUUUUCUUUCUUAAUAAGGAAGCUGUGCAGAUACUUCAUGUUUUAGAAGCAACGCUCACAAAAGCACUCAACUCUAAUUAGCACUCAAACCUUUAAGGCUUAAACUAUGUUUUCAAUGUGUGCAUUAAAUAACAGCUUGGAAAACAAAACAAAGGAAUAUUAUUUGUAAUAUGUAAUAACUGAAAAGUAGUGAGCAUUAAUUAGAACUGUCUCCAAACUUUUGAUGGGCAGCACAAAAUUAAAGUGGGAACCUAGUCCCAUUAUUUUCUAGUCGUAUGUGUGCUAACUUACUUUUAAGGAUGCAGUUUCAGCCUGUAAAUAUGCUAGUUGAGCAAGCAGAGAUAAAAGACAAACACAGACAGCUUUUAAUGUUGUAAGAGGAAGACGUUUGUUGUGUAAUGUUCCAUAGGCUAACAACAUGAAAACGAAUACAUUAGAGUUAUAGCCUAGCUAACCGAUAUCACCAUAUAUACCAUGUAUAAUUAGCACACUAACAUUGCAAGCUUAACAUAGUUUUGCUUGCACAGUAACAUGGCGUUUUUAAGUUUGAAAACAAUAAAACUACCAUAAAAUAUUUCUCUCAAAUUAGGUCAGAUUACACUGCCAGUAUAGUAGAAAGUGCACAUUUGCAAAGUAAACAUUAACAAGGACACUAUUUACUUUAGAAGCAACCAGGCACAGUAAAUAUGAGAAACAGAUUAAGCUGUUGAGGGGAAAGUUUAAACUAAUCUCUCAUCCUCCAGCACUCUAGCCUGCAGUGUCUCACUUGACUACUCCUGCUCAGCAUGAUGCCUCUGUAUGGUUUUCUCACAACGUUGUUUCCUGCAGUUUGCUUUGUUACUAUCCACUAUGAUUCCUGUACUGUUUUUGAAACACUUCUUGGUGCUAAUUGUGAAACUGGGCAUGCUUGUAUGAGGAGGCCGUCAACAUAAAAAAAGCCGUAUACGCAAAAGCAACACUAUUCAAUAAAGAUUUAUAUGUGUAUUUUUGCCUACAGCUAUUAUCCUCAAUUAAAGCUUUUUGCUAUACUAGUAAA